AUGGUGCAGUGAUGUCACGGAGGACAUCUGUAGGUCCAUCUGGACGGAUAGGAAGUGUAGUGCGCAUUGGUGCCGGCUAGCGCCGAGUUCCGAAUAGCGGCCCCGCAGGAGAGGAGGACGGGUGGAUGUCACUGUGUGUGAGGAGGCUCCGCGGGGCCCAAGGGCUGGGUGUCCGUUGGAGGAAUGGAGUCCGCGGUGCAGGUGGAGCAGCAGGGAGAGUGAGGGAGGAAGCGAGGCUUCAUGAUAUUGGCUGGCCCCCAGAAUUGAACCCACGCCUGCUUUAUCCUACUUCUCUCAAAAAUGUUUUACCAUCGACAACUACAAGCUCAUUUACACGUCCUAAAUAUGCGAAUUACCGACAAUGCCCUCCAUUUAAUGGACGGGAAAAGCAUCAAAGGCAUCUACGGUCUACUAUUGCACCACUGAGGACAAAACUUCAUAUGUCUAAGCCGCAUUCUUCCUAUCUGCCUUGCACCAGUGUGGGGUGUGUGUUUCCAGUGGGCAAAGACACAUGGCAUUUAAGUAGUGCUCAGCUUGACUGUUUUAGAAGUUUGUUUGAACCAGGAGUUUGCAGGACACCUUAUCAGGCUGUUGCAUUUCCUGUUCCUGGUACUCAGCAUGGAAUUUUAGCCUUUCAACCAAGCAAGAAGAUGGAAGAUUGUUCAGUCCCUGGAAACAACCAGCCUGACAUGGAACAACAGCUGGCUAUAAUGCAUGCCAAGCUAAGGGAAGAGCUGCCAGAUUUCUUGUUGAAAAGUAUGGAUUACUCCAUAUACAGAAAGGAUGUGGAAUUUGUCUGCAGUGUCCUGCAUAUACAUACACGAGGUAUCAUCUUGUAUCAGCUACUUCUGACACUUUCAAGGUUUUUGUUCUUGAGUUACUUAUCCAAUGCAAGUGUCUCUAUCUUGAAACUGACAUCUCACCCUGAAACAUGUAGUAUCCAAGCUCGUUGGGCAAUCUCAGGCCUUCCUUUGCACACUCUUCUCUUCCACUUCUAUCGUACUGACAAGACAGAGCUUUACAAGUCUUUUGAUGCUCACUCCACCUUUUACGUGGCCUCAGAUGGUCUAAUACAUCUACAUAAAUUGGAGCGGGUGAUGCCUUCUCAGCCACUUACUGUACCCAAGAAGACUCUUCUCACUGCUGCACUGGUAGCUUUGGGCUUGGGAGAAAAUCGUCCUGCGCUUAAUUUACUAUCCUCCCCUAAAGCAUCUCCCAAGCUUUGAUGCUUGCUUUUGCUUCUAAAAUAAGUUUAUAUACUGUAUAGCAUGCAGACAGUUCAAAAACAUUGGGCAGACACUUAAACCAUACUGAUAACUGUGGAUUAAUGCAGUCUGUACAAACAGCCCAAAUAUGCAGAGGGUGCUGAGCCAAUAAGCUCUAUCAGUUUCCCUUUCUUACAAAUAUUCUGCUGUGUAUGUUGUAACUGUUGAUCCAGCCUGUGGAUGUGUAACAUUCUGUACAUAAUUAAAUUAUAACAUUGUGUCUAAAUGGGUCUGUACAACAUGUCUGUGUGAUUAUUAAAAAUAAAAAAAAAAAAAAGUA